AAAAAGUUUUCUGAUUCUGACUUUGUCCAAAAUUUUGUCAAUAAUGAAACAUCUUUUUUUCAGGUCCCAAAAGGAUCAACAACUCUGAUAAGUAAACAACAGUCCCUAAACAAUAAAUAAAUCAUGACGUCAGACUGCUCCUUUGCACUGUGCUAUUUUAUUGUGAAACUCCGGGAGACAGGAAGUGCGCGUGAAUGUCUCGCGCUUGUUGAAGGAUCCGAUCUGGGUUCAGCCAUAUUCCCACUGACCAGCCACACCGGCAGCCUGACCCAAACUACCGAAAAACCCUCCGUAAUCCCCCCGCACGCUCCCGCACGGUGCUAACGGGGACCGUAGGUAAAGCCGAGCCGGUACCGGAGCUCCCGGACAUGUUACCGAGCUGAUACACCGACCCGCGGACAUGGAGCAGCGGCGGCCAACCUGAGAGAGUCGACGGUCUGACCGACAUCCCGAGUUCUGAGAGGAAAGUCCAGAUUUACCGGGAUUAAAGCCGAUGUGCAGCACGGACAGACGCGGGCCUGCAGGCUGAACGGUUCUCCACACGACGGAGCGACGGUAACCGGCGGAGACACACCGACACACCGACACGCAGACGGCUCAAAAUGUCGGGAAUGUUUUCCCGGAGCUAACGAGCUAGCUGCAGCUAGCAGGCUGAGCUCGGCAGGACUCGGCAGGAAACGGAGCCUGGGCGGCGGGUAACACUCGGACUGAGCGGCGGGGCUGGUGACGGGCACAGGGCGGGAGCGGCGGGUCGGUGUCCCGGGACAGGAUGUCGGCUCAGGAGCGUCUGAAGCGGCUGGAGGAGCUGCUGCUGGAGCGGAAGGUGGCGGGAUGUCUGAGUGUGGAGGCGCUGCUCGACCUGCUGCUCUGCUUCUACACGGAGGUGUCCCACUCCCCGCUCAAGAGGGAGAAGCACGUCACAGACUUCCUGGAGUGGGUGAAGCCGUUCACCACCACAAUAAAGGACAUGCGGCUGCACAGAGAUGACUUUGAGAUGCUGAAGGUGAUUGGACGAGGAGCUUUUGGAGAGGUUGCCGUGGUGAAGAUGAAGCACACAGAGAGAGUCUACGCCAUGAAGAUUCUCAACAAAUGGGAGAUGCUGAAGAGAGCUGAGACGGCGUGUUUCAGAGAGGAGCGAGACGUUCUGGUGAAAGGAGACAGUCAGUGGAUCACAACUCUGCACUACGCCUUCCAGGACGACAACUUCCUGUACUUGGUAAUGGAUUACUAUGUGGGAGGGGACCUGCUGACUCUGCUCAGUAAGUUCGAGGACCGUCUUCCGGAGGACAUGUCGAAGUUCUACGUGGCAGAGAUGGUGCUCGCCAUCCACUCCAUCCACCAGCAGCACUACAUCCACAGGGACAUCAAACCAGACAACGUACUCCUGGAUGUUAAUGGUCACAUCCGCCUUGCAGACUUCGGCUCUUGUCUCCGUAUGAUGGAGGACGGCACGGUCCAGUCCUCCGUGGCGGUGGGCACUCCAGACUACAUCUCCCCAGAGAUCCUGCAGGCGAUGGAGGACGGGAUGGGCCGCUACGGACCGGAGUGUGACUGGUGGUCUCUGGGGGUCUGCAUGUACGAGAUGCUGUACGGAGAGACGCCAUUCUACGCCGAGUCGCUGGUGGAAACUUAUGGCAAGAUCAUGAACCACGAGGACCGUUUCCAGUUCCCCUCCCACGUGACCGAUGUGUCCGAGGAUGCCAAGGACCUGAUCCAGCGCCUGCUGUGCUCCAGGGAACGCCGGCUGGGCCUGAACGGGAUCUCCGACUUCAAGAGCCACCCAUUCUUCAGCGGGAUCGACUGGGACAACAUCCGGUCCACCGAGGCCCCCUACAUCCCUGACGUGUCCUCGCCCACUGACACCUCCAACUUCGACGUGGAUGACGACGUCCUCAAGAACCCGGACAUCGGCCCUCCAGUAUCUCACACUGGUUUUACUGGGCAGCACCUCCCCUUCGUCGGCUUCACCUACACCACUGACAGCUGCUUCGCUGACUGCAGCUCCGUCAGCCGGGUGGAGCUUGGCAUCCGCCAGGAGGGGGAGGGUGAGGAGGGAGGAGGAGGAGGAGGAGGGCAGGAAGUGGAGGCUUUCGAGAGGAGGAUCCGCCGACUGGAGCAGGAGAAACAGGAGCUGAACCGAAAACUGCAGGAGUCGACUCAGGCGCUGCAGGCUCCGGCCCGAGGAGGAACUCUGAGUCGCGACAAAGAGAUCAAGAAGCUGAACGAGGAGAUCGAGCGGCUGAAGAAGAAGCUGGCAGACUCUGAUAGGCUGGAGCACCAGCUGGAGGAGGCGGUCACACUCAGACAGGACUAUGAGAGCUCCGCCUCCAAACUGAAGACCCUGGAGAAGCAGGUGAAGACGCUGAAACAGGAGAAAGACGACGUCCACAAGCAGCUGGCCGACUCUCUGGAGCGUUUGAGGAGUCAGACGAAGGAGCUGAAGGAGGCUCACUCUCAGAGGAAGCUGGCCCUGCAGGAGUUCUCAGACCUGUCGGAGAGGAUGGCCGACCUCCGCUCCUCCAAACAGCGUCUGUCCCGACAGCUGCGGGACAAAGAGGAGGAGAUGGACACCCUCCUGCAGAAGAUGGACGCCAUGAGACAGGACAUCCGUAAGACGGAGAAGAACCGCAAGGAGCUGGAGGCUCAGCUGGACGAUACGAAGGCAGAGGCUUCGAAGGAGAGGAAGCUGAGGGAGCACAGUGAGGUUUACUCCAAACAGCUGGAGACGGAGCUGCAGAGCCUGAAGUCUCAGCAGGGUCGGGGAGCAGCAGCUGGUGGGGCGGAGUCUCAGCAGGAGCUGUCCCGUGUCAAGGCGGAGCUCGAUAAGAAGGUCCUGUUCUAUGAGGAGGAGCUGCUGAGGAGAGACUCCGCCCACUCCUCAGAGAUCAAAAACCUCCGUAAAGACCUGCAGGAGUCCGAGGGGGCGCAGCUCGCUGCCAACAAGGAGCUGCUGCAGCUCCGAGACAAGCUGGACAAGGCCAAGAGAGACAGACAAACUGAGAUGGAUGAAGCUGUUGCAGCUCUGAAGGAGAAAUCUGAACGAGAGAAAAACAUGCUGACAGAAGAAAAUCGCAAACUGACGGCUGAAACUGACAAGCUGUGUUCAUUUGUGGACAAACUGACGGCUCAGAAUCGCCAGUUGGAGGAUGAACUACAGGACCUGUCGUCUAAGAAGGAGAGCGUGGCGCAUUGGGAGGCUCAGAUCGCAGAGAUCAUCCAGUGGGUCAGUGAUGAGAAGGACGCCCGUGGGUACCUUCAGGCUCUGGCCACUAAGAUGACGGAGGAACUGGAAACUCUGCGCAGCUCCAGUCUGGGACCACGACCUCUGCCUGAGUCAGGAGUGGCCACGCCUCCUAAGAAGCCUUGGCCUCCAAUUGGUGGAGACAGGAGGGACCCGCUGUGGAAGGUGCGGCGCAGUCAGAAGGUGGACAUGUCGGCCCGCCUGGAGCUGCAGUCGGCUCUGGAUGCCGAGAUCAGAGCCAAACAGCUGGUUCAGGAGGAGCUGCGCAAAGUCAAGGCCGCCAACAUCAACCUGGAGAGUAAGCUGAAGGAGUCGGAGGAGCGGAGUCGGGAGAUGGGGGAGCAGAUGGAGAGUCUGAAGAGAGAGAUGGAGGACAGCCGCUCCCACUCUGACAAAGGUUUGAAGCUUCCAGACUUCCAGGACUCCAUCUUUGAAUAUUUCAACACGUCCCCUCUGGCUCCGGACCUCACCUUCAGGGCGUCAGUUUGCUCCGCCUCCUCACUGCUUGCUCUCUGGGAAGAUACCACAGACAUAGACCCCAGCCCCCAGAAAUCAGAGACCACGCCCCCCUCGCCCUCCACCACCUCUGAACAUGAGGAAGUUAAAGCAGCCUCAGUCCCAGCGAGCCCCUCCCCCCCCUACCAGAGCUCAGCACUGACCACACCAAAGCCCAAAGCUCACCAGCUGAGCAUCAAGACGUUCUCCAGUCCCACUCAGUGCACACACUGCACCUCUCUGAUGGUGGGACUCAUCCGACAGGGAUACGCCUGUGAAGUGUGUUCCUUCAUCUGCCAUGUCUCCUGUAAAGACCACGCCCCCCUGGUCUGUCCAAUCCCAGCAGAGCAGGCCAAGAGGCCGCAGGGCAUCGACGUCCAGAGAGGCAUCGGCACCGCCUAUAAGGGCUAUGUCAGGAUCCCGAAGCCCAGCGGCGUGAAGAAGGGCUGGCAGCGCGCUUACGCCGUGGUCUCUGAUUGUAAACUGUUUCUCUACGACAUCCCAGAGGGAAAGUCCACCCAGCCGGGGGUGGUGGCCAGUCUGGUGCUGGAUCUCAGAGAUGAGGAGUUUUCCGUCAGCUCCGUCUUGGCAUCAGAUGUGAUCCACGCCACCAGGAAGGACGUCCCCUGCAUCUUCAGGGUGACGUCGUCACAGCUGAUCUCACAGCUGUCCUCGGUGUCUCUGCUGGUGCUGGCAGAGAGCGAGGUGGAGAAAAGGAAGUGGGUCAGGAUCCUGGAGGGUCUGCAGAGUAUCCUGGCCAAGAACCUGCUGAAGAACCGACAGGUCCACGUUCCGCACGAGGCCUACGACGCCUCGCUGCCCAUCAUCAAGACCGCACUGUCCGCCGCCAUUCUGGAUCGGGAGAGGAUCGCUCUGGGAACUGAAGAUGGACUGUUUGUGGUCGAGGUCACCAGAGACGUGAUCGUGCGAGCGGCCGACAGUAAGAAGGUUUGUCAGAUCGAUUUGAUCCCUAAAGAGAAGAUCAUCGCUCUGCUCUGCGGUCGGAAUCGCCACGUUCACCUUCAUCCCUGGGGGGCACUGGAGGGCGCCGAGUCCGCCUUCGACAUCAAGCUGGCGGAGACCAAAGGAUGCCAGGCUCUGACGACGGGGGUGCUCCGACCCGGAGGCCCCGCCUGCCUGCUGGCUGCCGUCAAACGUCAGGUUCAGUGCUAUGAGAUCACUCGAGCGAAGCCCCACCAUAAGAAGCUGUGGGAGGUGCAGGCUCCGGGCGUGGUGCAGUGGUUGGGCAUGGUGAGGGAGCGGCUGUGCGUCGGGUAUCCUUCGGGCUUCGCUCUGCUUGCCCUGCAGGGGGAGUCAUCUCCCAUCAGCCUGGUGAGCCCCGCUGACCCUUCGCUGGCCUUCUUGGCCCAGCAGCCUCUGGACGCCCUGCACGCCCUGGAGGUGGGAUCCUCUGAGCUGCUGCUCUGCUUCAGCCAGCUCGGCAUCUAUGUGGACGGACAGGGACGCCGGUCCCGAACCCAGGAGCUGAUGUGGCCUGCAACGCCGCUCGCAUGCAGCUCUAACUCCUCCCACCUGACAGUCUACAGUGAGUAUGGGCUCGACGUCUUCGAUAUUCACACCACAGAGUGGGUUCAGACCAUCUCCCUCCGCAAGAUCCGACCUCUGAAUGUUGAAGGGACAUUGAACCUGCUGAGCUCUGAACCUCCUCGUCUCAUUUACUUCAGCAACACAUCAUCAGAGGGUGACCUCACCAUCCCGGAGACGUCGGACCACAGCAGGAAGUUGAUGGUUCGAACUCGCAGCAAGAGGAAGUUCCUGUUUAAGGUUCCUGAGGAGGAACGACUUCAGCAGAGGAGGGAGAUGCUGAGGGAUCCGGAGCUCAGGUCCAAGAUGAUCUCUAAUCCUACAAACUUUAACCACGUGGCUCACAUGGGACCAGGAGACGGCAUGCAGGUCCUCAUGGACCUCCCUCUGGUUUGUGAUGUCACUUCCCUCUCCCCCUCCCCGUCUCCUUCCCCCUCUUCCUCCUCCUCCUCCCGCCACACCCUCAUCUCUCCCCCUUCCAACUUUGAGCACAUCUAUCACAUGACGUCGGCGUCGGCCGGCGCCUUCUUGCAGAAAGACGCCUCCUCUUCCUCCUCCUCCCAGCAGAGCCUCCUGCAGCCUUCCUCCUCCUCCUCCUCUCCCUCCACCUCCUCUCUGGGAAGGAGUGUGAUGCCUUCUUCUCAGGAUGACUCGGUUAAAGACAAGCCCCGCCCACUGUCCAGUAUCUCCCGGCAACAGAGGAGCAAGACACACAUCACACGCACAGCCUCAGACUUUGGGGGAGGAGCUUCGUCUCGCAGCACCUCUGAACAGGACCAGGACCUGGACCGAGAGCCGGACUCAGACUCGACCAAACACUCGACCCCCUCCAACAGCUCUAACCCCAGCAGCCCCCCCAGUCCAAACUCCCCCCACCGCAGCCAGCUCACCUUGGACGGCCUGGAGAUGGACCCCUGAGGCUCCGCCCCCCCUACACCCGACGGAGGAGGGGCUUAAUAAACCAAUCAGGGUGCAGACAGAGUUUAGAUUUUACUUGAUUUUAUUGUGGCGGGGUGAGUCUGAGCUUCCUGCUGCUUUUAUUUUUGUUGGAUUUUACCUGCUGGGAAGCCCCGCCCCCUGGUUUUAACCCUGCCCCUGCUGAUGGCUGCUGUGUUUGACCUUUGACCUUUAGUCUGAUUGGCUCUGUGGGACCAAUCACCACCUCCUCCUCCUCUUCUUCUUUGUUAAAUAACUUCCUGUUAAGCUUUAGCGGGUUGUUAGCGGUGGAGCUAACAGACGGGAGGUCUCACUCUGAUGAAAAAACACUGUAUGAAUUAAUUUUAAAGUUUUGUUAAAGUUGCACAUCAUCAUCAUCAUCAUCAUCGUUGUUGUUGUUGUUGUUGUUGUUGUUGUAGGAGAAAAAUAAUCUUUGAUUUUGUGUCAGUGAUGAUCUUUCCUGCUGCCCCCUUCGACCCCGUCCCCUGACCUCUGACCUCAGAGGGGGGGGUCAGGUGAGGAGGUAAGGGGGGGGGCACACCUGAACACUACUGCUUUGUUUCUUCCAGAAUCACCAGUUAAAGAAUCUUUGUAAUUAUGAGACAUGUUAGCAGCCGACGGAAACUCAAUAAAAGAAUCUCAAGAG